AUGCCAAAAAUCAUGUGGAAAAGCCUCCAUCUUUGUUUCCCGUCAAAUCUCGCAAAAUGCUACUCUUCGUCGCCGUGCCUUCAUCCCUCCGCCGCCGCCGCCGACGAUCCUAGCCGUCCCUCUAUCGUUCUCAUCAACAACUUCAACCUCCUCUACCACGACGACAACAACCACGACCAACGUGUCGUUGACUUACCUUCCUCUUCCACCGCCACAACCACCUCCUCCUCCGCCACGUCAUCAUAUGAGUUUGAUAACCACGACAUUUCUCCUGAUUUAUCUGCCGCUUUCGCUUCCCGUCGCUUCUUCUUCUCUUCCCCUGGCCGGUCCAAUGCAAUCACCGACUCACCAGAAUCCCGGUCAAGAGAGCUCUCUGAUAAUUACGAUAGUGCCACUACUAAUCCAAAGAAGAAAAAGUACGAAGCUACCAUGAAUACUACGAGGCUUCUUAGCGGAGGGACCGCGGUUAAGCAACACGUGUACUCACCUGAUCCGUUAACUGACUUCCGGCGAUCAAUGCAGGAGAUGAUUGACGCCGCAAUGGUCGCCGGAGAUCUUAGCGGUCCCGACGACGGUUACGACUUCUUGAACGAGCUGCUACUUAGUUAUCUCUCGUUGAAUCCAACCGACACACACAAGUUCGUCAUCAGAGCGUUCUCAGACAUACUGGUCACACUCUUGUCUGACGAACAUCGGAUAUGCUGA